AUGAAGGGCUUCGUUGGUGGAAUUCCCAUUGCCCUGCUGGCAGUUGCUGCCCAGGCCAUGGAGCACACCGGACAUGGUGUUGUGCCUCACAUUGGAGGUACCGCUAUGGGGGGUCCGUCUGGUGCUGAUCACGAUGGUGGCUUUAUCCCCAUGAGCCCCAACGUCCACACUCAUACCGAUGUCAAUGAGUACAGCAAAGACGACCACUCCAUCAAUAUUAAGACCAAGGGCGUCUACCCGCCGCCGGCUACACCUAUUCCCUACGGAGUCGCUAUGGCUCCUGGUAUGGGUCCUUUCUCCAAGGCUGGUGGCAAGCGCAGCUGGCCUCACGGCGGCACUGCCAUGGGUGGCCCCUCUGGCAACGACGAAGGCCAAGUCUUCGACAUGCCCAUCACCGGCAACUUUUACACCAGCGUUGACGAGGAGACCAAGGACGACCACUCGAUCAAGCUGAAGAACGAGAACAUCCACGCUCCUCCUGCUCAUCCCCCGAUUGCUCACCCUCCUCCUGUCUUUGUCCACUCCCCCGGCCCUGGAUCUGGUUUCCGCGAGGCCAAGCAGGAUGUUCCUGAGCAUUACCACGUUCCCGGACAGGCUUUCGAGAAGCGCUGGGGACCUGAAGAAGGUGGCACUGCUAUGGGUGGCCCCAGCGGUGGCGACGGACCCUCCGAUGGACCUGAGGGCUUCCCCUACCCCAUCCAAGCUGGUGGUACCGCUAUGGGUGGACCCUCUGGCGAAGAUGAUGGUAUCGAAUUUGACAACGGUAUCCACGCCGACUUUCACACCAACGUGAACGAGUACAGCCACGAUGAUCACUCUAUCGACAUUAAGCACACUGACAUCUACCCGCCUCCUCCCCCUCACUUCGGACCUCCCGGCUUCGGCGGUCCCUUCAAGCGCAGUUGGGAGACCGAGCAGAGCGGCUGGGAGCCUGAGAGCGGUGGUACUGCCAUGGGUGGUCCCUCCGGCAAUGAUGGUGGUCAGGAGUUCAAUAUGCCCAUCACGAUCAACACUGAGACUGCUGUAAAGGAGAGCUACGCGGAUGAUCACUCCAUUGAUAUCAAGCACAAGGAUGUCUAUCCUCACCCUCCCGCCUUCCCUGAGUUCGGUGGCCCUGGCCCCGUGAUCCCCCAAGGUGGUCCCUUCAAGCGUGCCUACUCUCCCAGCUCCGAGGAGCGCACUGCUGGUGGUGGCGGCGGAGGCACUGCUGAAGGGGGUCCUUCCGGUGAAGAUGAUGGCAUCAACUUCGGAGACCCCACUGAUGUUGGUGUCGACUCCAACGUGAGCGAGCACCACGAGGACAACCACGCCAUCAAGAUUGAUGACACCAAUGUCCACAACCCCGAGAUGCCCUGGAUGCACUAUCACGAGCCCCCGGCUUCUGCUCCUGCUUCUGCUCCCCAGCCUGCCGAGCACGAGCAAUCACCUCCUAUGGUCGAGCAUGAGCAAUCACCUCCUAUGGUCGAGCAUGAGCAAUCACCUCCUAUCAUCGAGCAUGAGGAGGCUCCCGCCUGCGCUCCUGAGAUCCACAACGUUGUCCACACCGUCACCAAGACCGCCACCCACGUCGUCCAGGAGACUGCCACUGUUACUGAGACUGGAAAGGACCACAUUGUCAAUCAGGUCCAGACUGUCCACGAGACUGCCACAGUGACUGAGCCUGCCAAGGAUCACAUUGUUAACCACGUCCAGACCAUUCACGAGACUCACACUGUGCACAACAUUCACACCGUCUACGUGACUCCCAGCGAGCACGUCGUCCAUGUCACUGACACUGUCACUGCUCCCGCGGCCCACCUUGUUGAGGCCACCGAAACCGUCUAUGCCUCUCCCAGCCACGUCGUUGAGACUCUCUACGCUUCUCCUAGCCACGUUGUUGCGGCCGCCGAGACCGUCUACGCCUCUCCCAGUCACGUUGUCGAGACCCAAGCCAUUGCCUGGUCGCAGGCCCCGAUGGUGACCCCUGUCUCCAAGAUCGCCUACUCCUCCCACAUCCAGUCCAUGCCCGUCUCGGGUGCCCCCUCUUCUUACAUGGCCCAGGAGAGCUACAACUACCACCCCCAGGCUCCCGCCAGCUCUGCCUACUCCAUGAUCCCCGUCGAGGUCCCCAUGGCUUCCCCCUCAUCUUCCAUGGCCCCCAUGGCCAUGCCCAGCGGUGUUGACCCCAUGCAUAGCUCCAUGGCCUCUGCCUCCGCUACCCCAUCCCACGGCGUCAUGUUCACCGGCGACGCUGCUCGUCUGUCUGGUGGCAUCAUCUCCGCUGCUGCUGCCGUGAUGGGUGUCCUUGCAUUCAUCCUGUAG